ACUGUAUAAUAAUAUUACAAUGAGAGAUAAGUAUGAAGAAGAAAAGCAAGAUCUUGUCAAAAACUUUAAAGAGGCUUUUGAUAAGAAUCCUGAGCAAAAGCCAAAGAAGAUUAAGAAUAAUCUUGAGGAGAAAAUGGUCAUUGAGAAACGAUUCCAAAUUGAAGAGAAAAUAGGUAGUGGUACUCAUGGCCAUGUCUUCAGUGGAGUAGAUCUCAAAAAUUGAGCAUAUAUUGCAAUGAAAAUUGUCCCUCAAGAAAAACUGUCCACUUCAAGGUUCAAUCAGGAAAUCUUUAUAGUAAAAUAAACUUUCUUCAGGGGCAAAGAGUAAAGGAUUUCCCAAGUUCAUACAGAAGGGACAGUGCGAUAACAACAACUACUAUAUUAUGCAGAAAUUAGGGAACUCACUAAAAUUGAUGUCUAAACUGAUCAACAAGUUCACUUUAGAAAAUAUUUUGAUGCUAUCUUUGCAGCUAAUAGGGCGGCUGAGGGUGAUUCAUUCUUUCAAUUAUAUCCACAGAGAUAUCAAGCCAGCCAACCUGAUGUUUGGUACUGGCAAGGAUUGGAAUACACUAUAUGUCAUAGACUUUGGGUUGUCUACAAAAGUCAGCAGUUUUAGAGACGCUGAAAUACCAAAGCAUAUUUUUCAGCCAGAAUAUGUCUAUCUCUCUGGGACUCCAAACUAUGCUAGCAUUAACCAGCACUGAGGGUGGGAAGAGUGAUUCAAAAAGGAUGAUAUAGAAGGAGCAAUGUACAUGCUAAUUCAUCUUCUCAAAGGAUCACUCCCAUGGGAAAACAUCAAAGAAGAUGACAGAUUUUAUACGAUGAUGAAAAAGAAACAGCUUGUCACCACAGAAGAACUUUGUGGGGAAAUGCCAGAACGUCUUAUUGAGAUGGUAGAAUAUAUCCGGAGUAUGCGAAUUUAUGAUCAGCCCGAUUAUUCUUUUAUUAGUGACAUUAUUUUGAAAACCGCUUGUGAAGAAAAUAUCACCCUUCAUUUGGUAGAAUCUUUUCAUAAAUUUAAAUGGGAUUUCAAAUAAAGGCAAAGAGAAAUUCCACACCAAUGUUGUAAAAGAGCCAAUAUGAGGUUAUCUCGGAGCUGAAAGGCCGGUCUCUCAACCUCCUAUUCAAAAAUUCAAAUUUGUUUCUAAUUACGAAGCAAAUAAGGCUCCUCUAAAGCUAGAGCGAAAUAAGGCCAGGGAAAAGUUGUUGGCUAAUAUUAAAAGCAAAAGUAAAAUCUCUACUGAAAAAGAGCCUGGUAUUAAUCCUCCUAAAAAGAUUAAACAAUCGAAGAAAUUUCACAGAUCCAUCACCACUAAAAGGAUCCGUCACAUUAAGUUCAACUGGUGAGCUGAUGAAAUCAUGGAGGCGAUGCAUGAAAAUAGGCUGUGUGUGAAAGACAGCUAUAUGAAGAAGAGUAAAUCUCCAUCUUGCAAUGUCAAACCUAAUUACUUUGAGCUGAAGAGCUUUAUGUCUGCAAAACCAGAGAACAACAAGCAUGAAGACCAGAAGUCUGAAGAUCAGCCUAAAGUUGACCUUAAGGUCACUCCAACUUUCUUGGAAUUUGAAGCUCUUGAUAAAGAUGAGUUCUCAAGCGACCAAAGAGGGAUUUCUUUAAGAAAGCCAAAGAUGUUUGGCCAUAAUCAUAAUAAUUUGAAAAGAGUGUGAGCCAGGAUGGACUAUGAACACCAAGCUGCUCGGAUACAAAGCAUGAUGCAAUAGAUGAUGUGUAUAUAUCAUAUAAUAUCUCUAUCUCUUAAGAUCAGUAAAAAUUA